AGUGGAGCUUUGAGAAUGUAAUUUCAGUUUCAAGAAUUGAGCCAAAGCAAUGUUGAAAAACUGUAAUGGAAGUUGUUGCCACCAAAGGACGAGCAGUACAGGUAGUUUGUGAGAAAUAAUCCGGAUCUUGGAAGAUCUUUCUGACUUUCUGAAGUGGGUGCAGAAAGGGGCAUAGGGGCUGAAAUGGCUAUGGGAAUCAGGAAUUCAAAUCCUCAGAUAAAUGACCAAAUUGGGACCUCUGUGAGGUUAAGCCAGUAGCGAGUCAAACAAAAAACAACAUGGAAUACCCACAGCGUCAUAUGUGUGUAUGUGUGCAUUAUUCUGUGCCUGCCUAAGUGCAGACGUGUGUGUACGCCAGAGGAGAAUGUGGGUUAGGGGCAGAGAGAACCAUGGGUGGUGGGAGGAGCUUAUUAGGGGGUGUGACUCAAGGCUUUCCAAUCAGGUGCUUCAGUUCCUGCCUCUAAGUUUGCAACCAGAACCCUUUCUGAGGGAAAGGCAUAGACAUUAAGUAGGGGAACAGAGCACAGAGCAGGAGGAAAAGUAACAAGAGCAGAGGGAGGGAAAGAGAAGCAGUAAAACUAGCAGGACGAGAGGACACAGAGCCAGGGGACAACAUGGCCAGACGGGGCUCUUCCAACAGCACAGCCUUCCAGACGGGGCUCUUCCAACAGCACAGCCUUCCAGACGCCUCACUGGAUGCAGCUCCAGUUGACUGACCCAAAGAACGAGUUCAACAAGCGGCCAAUCAAGAUGGUCCACCGCUCGCUGUCCCACUCCCUUUCCCUGUCCUCCACGGACAGCCACAGCUCAGCCUACACUGACAGCUCUGAGGAGGAGGGGCCCCCCCGGGUGAAUCAGCAGAAGACCUCCAAGGGCUUCUCAGACUUCUGCGUCAAAAACAUCCAACAGGCUGACUUUGGGCGCAGGGAGAUAGACAUUGCAGAGCAAGAGAUGCCUGCUCUCAUGGCCUUCAGGAAGAAGGCGGAGGGGGACAAGCCUUUGGCGGGAGCCAGGGUGGUGGGCUGUACCCACAUUACAGCCCAGACCGCGGUGCUGAUAGAGACACUUUCGGCAUUGGGAGCCCAGUGUCGCUGGGCAGCCUGCAACAUCUACUCCACCCAAAAUACUGUGGCUUCAGCUCUGGCAGAGGGAGGGAUCUCCGUGUUUGCUUGGAAGGGAGAGACUGAGGAGGACUUCUGGUGGUGUAUCGACAGCUGUGUGACUCAGGAGGCCUGGGAGCCAAACAUGAUCUUAGAUGAUGGAGGAGACCUGACCCACUGCAUCUAUAAGAAGUACCCCAACCUGUUCCAGAGCAUCAAGGGCAUUGUCGAGGAGAGUGUGACAGGAGUGCACAGACUGUACCAGUUGUCAAAGGCUGGCCGGCUGUGCGUUCCAGCCAUGAAUGUCAAUGAUUCAGUCACCAAACAGAAGUUUGACAACCUCUACUGCUGCAGAGAGUCCAUAUUGGAUGGACUGAAGCGAACCACAGAUGUCAUGUUUGGAGGGAAGCAGGUUGUGGUGUGUGGCUAUGGAGAGGUUGGUAAAGGUUGCUCUGCAGCUCUGAGGGCCAUGGGCUCUGUGGUCUACAUGACAGAGGUGGACCCCAUCUGUGCCCUGCAGGCGUGCAUGGAUGGCUUCCGAUUAGUCAAGCUGAAUGAGGUCAUCCGACAGGUGGACAUAGUCAUUACCUGCACAGGUAACAGGAGUGUGGUGGGGAGAGAGCAUCUGGACAGGAUGAAGAGUGGCUGCAUUGUGUGCAACAUGGGCCACUCCAACACUGAGAUAGAUGUGGUGAGUCUGCAGAGCCCAGAGCUAACCUGGGAGCGUGUGAGGUCACAGGUGGACCAUGUGAUAUGGCCGGAUGGCAAGAGGAUCGUCUUAUUGGCCGAGGGUCGACUCUUAAAUCUGAGCUGCUCCACAGUACCCACCUUCGUCCUAUCCAUCACUGCUACCACACAGGCACUGGCUGUGAUUGAGCUGUACAAUGCUCCUGAGGGACGCUACAAAAAAGAUGUCUACCUUCUGCCCAAGAAGAUGGAUGAGUAUGUGGCCAACCUCCACCUGCCUACGUUUGAUGCCCACCUGACAGAGCUGACUGACGAGCAGGCCAGGUACCUGGGACUCAGCAAGCAUGGGCCGUUCAAACCCAACUACUACAGGUAUUGAUCCAUGACAUUGAGGACCAAUGUUUCAAGUAUCUGACCCAGCAAGGUUCACAUCUCCUGGCUGGUUUGGGAUCUGUGGCGGGAGUCUGAUCCACUACCAAAUUGAACUGGAGCUGACUGAGUUGUUAAUUGUUAAGCAUAUUAUAUUACACUUAGUCAUUUAGCAGACUUACAAUAAGUACAGGGACAUUCCCCCGAGGCAAGUGGGGUGAAGUGCCUUGCCCAAGGACACAACGUCAUUUAGCACCCCCGGGAAUCAAACCGGUAACCUUCUGAUUAAUAGCCCAAUUCCUUAACCGCUCAGCCAUCUGGCCCCCAUCUGAAUAUUCCUCACAUUUUAAACCUCUACAUAAAUAUCUAUGAUAAAACGUAGCUGGUGUGUUUAUAUUAUUAAAUUUACUACAAAUGUAGACAAUGUUUUUGUUCCAGAUCCUUAUGAGUUAUGAGUAUUUCCUCAAACGUAGAUACUAGCUUAUACAGCCCAUAACUGAGUCACAGAGAUAUAUAGAUUAUACUGCAUGCCUAAUAACUGUAAAUAAAAUUGCAAAAAUGUGAUCUUAUAAAUGUUUAUAAACUAUUUUUUGCAU